AUGGACGAACUAUGGGGGUUCUCCUCCAAUUCGGGCUAUGAAAAGGAGGACAUCCGAAAAGGAGAUGGUGACGGGGUGGUGACCCCUUCGGAGGAAUCGGCAGUUGAGGCGAAUGGUGAAUGGGGAGGAAAAAAGAUGAAUCAUGAGGACGCGUAUGUUGGUAGGGAUGGCUAUCCGAUUUGUGAAAGUCGAAAUGAUAGAUCCUCCGGUGAAAACUAUAGCGAUGAGGAAGACACCGCACCCACGGGGAAGAAAAUCGUAGGGAACAGGAGAAAACGGAAAAAGGGAAAAAAUCACCCAAAUGAGGAUCAGGAGCUGACUCUCCAAAAUGAAAAGAAGGACUUUUACCCAAGGAAUGAUAAAAAGAGGAAAAAAGAGGAGGGUAGGCAGAAAACUGCAAAGGGGACAAAUCGUAGAGAGGACGAAGAAGAGGCGACACCCACAUGGAGAAAACCCCCCCAUUCGAAAGGGACAGAAGCAAAUGCACUGAAUGAUAAGCUCAAUGGAUGGGAUAAUCCAUCAGAUGGGGUAUCAAAACGAAGAACGAAGAAACACACCCCUGAUGAAACCACCAGAUUAAGAAGAAAAAAUAAUUUUAAAGAAAAAAUGGAAGCCAAAAAAGAAUUCAUGAAUGUGGUCCACGAAAUUAGAAAAUUGACUCUACCCCAUUUAGAUAAAUUUCAAAAAAAAAUUGUCGAAAAUUAUCAAGUAAAAAUGCUAGGAGGUAAAUUCGAUAAAAGUCCCAAGGUUCAUUAUCCGGAGCUUAUAUUUCGAAAAAAGUCCAUGAAGAGGUACAUUCAGCAGAGAAUCGAGAGAGAGAGAAUGAUGGGAGUGAAGACUCAGAGUGGGAACUACAUUGACAUGCAGGAUGUAAAUCGGAGGAAAAAAAAGAUGAUGAAGGAGAAGACUUCGUUGAAGUUGUUUUAA